CAUCCUCAGCCACUUGUGACGUCGCUGCUUCUAUCCAUCCUCCAACGACACUGUUGGUAUGGAAUUUCGUUCUUGCAGUCGAUCUACAACUUUUGAGGAUGCACACAUUAAACCACAGACUGUCCUAUCCUCCAAACCGAUGAUGGCCUUUUUCACUGACAGUGCUUAUUUGCUCACUCCUGGCCCUCCAGAGCCAUAACAAAUAACUGCAGAGGUACACCGCCGCUUGUCCGAUUCCGCAAGCACUUAAUCCAAAACCUCCUUCCAUAUACCGAUUCGAAAAACAAGGAGCCUACAAGGGAUAGAGAUAGUCCAUAUCCUGUUCUUGAGCUGCCAUGGCCUUUCCCAACGACACUGGUACUUUCUCGCCUCACCCCGCUAGUCCUCGAAACGGUGACAGGACUGCCGGUAGAGGUUAUUCAACACCUCCUCAUAUCGAAGCGGUCGAAGGUUCUUCUCCCAAGCAGGGCCAUCAAAGAUUCGUAUUUACAGACCCUGUUGCCUUUCGAUACCUGGAAGAGGACCCGUCGACAAUAGUGCUGGACCGGCGACGUACAUUGAAAGGCUAUGAAAUAUACAUUGUUGAGCAGUGGGCAUGCUCAAGGGUCCAUCCUACCUUUGUCAUCAACACAUAUACUGGCGAUCCUUCAAACACUGCAAUGGUGGCUGUGCUAAGUGUCCCAACGGAUGAAAAUGCCUGGUCCCCCAGAUUAAAGGUUUACUUCGAUGCUAUUGCCCAAUUUCAUGCUAGAAAACGAGAAACCCCUCUUGGAAUUUUGAUGGUUACGAAUCUGAGUAGUUUUCCUUCUGCGUUGACUGUGAUUCCCGUGCCUAAUGGCGAUGUGAAGAGACAUAGGGAGGAUUUCAUUGUUAACGAGGAUCUGAAACGCCUUGGCUGCUCGGGGCGAGCUGGUAUGAAUCUAAAACAACCCACCGCCGCUACGCAAGCCAAAUUUCACCAACUAUACAGAACGAGCGAGCGGGUACCACUCUAUUCGGCGGUAAUGGAGCUGGUAAAGCAAUGCCAGACGGCGCUGAUGAUUUUCGAUAAGCUGGUCCCUGAGUAUGUUGAUGGAUUGCUCUGUGACGUAACAGAGAAAGCCAUAAACGACUGGUGGACCGAUAUUGGAACCGACUUUUUCAACAUCGAGCCCAGCGAUGGGAUUCUAGGCCCAACGACAGUUUCCGCACUGCUUGGUACGUUGAUGGGAGCGAGGAACCGCCUUAAUGCGAACGGUGCCCCAGUCCCCAAGGAUGUUUUUGACGUGGCAACUCUAAAGCGAGGAAUAGAGAGCUUUCAGAAGUCCCAGAAACUGGAUAGGACUCGCAGACUCGAUCGACAGACAUUGGAUCGACUACAUCGGGUAACUGCAAAAGCCGCUAGUGGUGAUGGCUGGAAUGUACCACGCGCAGUAAAAUCCACUGUUGCAGAACUAGGAGGCAAAGGCGGAGAAAUGGUCAUGGGAAUUGUUGGCGGACGUGCCAAAGCUGGAAUCGCGGAAAUUGAAACCAUAGAUAUGGACCGAUUUGUUCAGUUAGUCGGAGGCGAACGGCCUAAAUGGCUCUGGCAUGGGAAGCCACGCAAGACCGGAAGUGAUAUCUUCCGCCAUGCUGCUGGAGACAACUCGAUGGUUUUUACGUGUGACGACCGUGGUGGAUAUAAAUGGACUAGUAGGAAGAGGGACGCUGCGUCUGAUCAUAACUCUGGCCGCCAUAGCCUUGAAACCGACUAUUCUGGAAAAAUGCUUGAUUCCCCAGCUACUCUUUUGGAUGACAGGGAACAGCAGCUAAAAGGUGCCCUAAAACGAUCCGUCACUGGCAAGGUAUCCGAUGCCCGUGCAGGGUUUGGUCGUUUCAAGGACGCUGUUGGACUACCUAGUCUCCGGUCUCAUCAUCACAAGCGGUCUAGAGAUGGCGUGGAUUUUGAAAAUGAGCUAGGCUCUCAUUCAAACAUGGGCUAUUUUGGACCGCCGUCUACGCAAACUCAGGACGAGAAUUUUCCAGAUGCCGAACAAUUGCCAUCGAUAUAUCCGGAAAAUCGAGACGAUACCACCCAAGCUUUGUAUGAACUGCCACCGAAUGAACCACUAUCCACUUCCAAUGUUAUCUCCGUUAAAGCCCAUGAGGGUCCUAUCCCUGACGAUAAGCAUUCAACAACUAAUGAAUCACAACUCAGCGAGGAAGCUGCGCUAUCUGCUGGGGAAGGCAAAAUUGCGCUCGAAAGUGCUGAACCAAAACCAGCAGAGCUAGGGGGAGCUACACUACCCGCUAGCAUACCCCUUCGACGGCCACGAAGCCAUUGUGUCCUUCCCUCUGAACCGUCAAACAAUCAAGGCGAUUCCCGUUGGCCACGGCACCUAUCCUUUAGCGCCGUAGAAGAUACGAUUCUUACAUGGAAAAAUAUCCCAGAUUGGGACCCAAUUCUCGAUACGAAAGACACGACCCCCGCGGACGCCAUGUUGCGGGAGGAUAUCCUCGCGUCCGACGCGCAGUAUUACGGCGGUAAGAUUCACGCCUUGCACGCUACGAUCGCGCCUUGGGUUGAGAACCAAGUCUCCGCCGUUGAAUUCAUAAACGUCCGUGCCCAGGCCUGGUUAGACGAGCUCAACUCUGUCUACCAUGAGAAGAUUGAAGAUUUUCGCGGGUUGCAGACACGCACCGCUGAUCUGCUUGCGGUCGAAGGUUCGGGUCUCAUGGAGGGCUCCAAGAAAGUCGAACUGCUAGGUGCAAAGCUUGAUUAUGAGCUCAAUGCGCUACAGUCGAGGGUCGAAGAGGUGGAUGCCGGAUUGAGUGAUUACGAGCGGCAUAUCGUUGGUAUCGAAAAUAGGGUUAGGGAUCUGGUUAAGGAUGAUACGCAGAAGGCGAGGGAAUCGUGGUUUAGCUGGGGCAGUGGGCUCCUUGGACGGUGAAAUGGGUGUUUGAUAAUAAUGGAUCAAGCCGGCCUCUUUUCUUUAACUUCCCCUCUUUAGCUCUGGGAGGUACAUAUUGGAAUGUUUCUAUUUACCCCUUUACUUUUUGAUACAGGGGUUCGCAGUGCUGCAUAUGCAGAUUACUUAGAGCUGGUUUAUACCCUGUUUGAUUGUACUGUACAUAUAGUUACUACUCGCAUAGCAAGGCGUUUCAUAGCAGCAGACAAGCAUAGCAAAUCAAAGAAGUAUUUCAUUGAUCACUUAAAUCGAAUGGCAUCUAUCUGCUCUACCAUACCAAGAUAGCAA